AUUGAAACACAAAACACGAAUACGAAGAAAAUGAGGAAGGCAACGACGGGAAUAUUAACAUUAUUUUUGGUAUGUCUUCACCUUCAUGCAUCCUCAAAUCCUUCAAAAAUUGUCCAUGGGGGAGUGAACUAUGUUAAUAGACGUGGAGGAGGUGGCGGUCAUGGUGGUGGUGGGGGUCAUGGUGGUGGUGGUGGUGGUCAUGCCCAUGGUGGUGGCAGUGGUGGUGAGGCUCAUAGUGUUGGUUCAAGAGGAGAAAGUGGAGGUGCAGGGCCUCUUGUUAUACCUGUAUAUGCAGGGGGUGCCCACCGGAAGACUGGAACCCACCAUGGUCGGAACAAUAGCAGUUGCGCUAUUCCCCAGUUGACUUCUACUAUAUUGGCCUUGUUCCUUUUAUUAUGUCUUUAGGAUCACUUCGUUACUAUGGCUGUGCAUUGUAGUUAAAAAACAAUAAAUAUUUUGUUUUUAAAUUUUAGGGAUCUUCAUAUUUACUUCUUUUAUAUAUAGAAAAUACGCCCACACUGAUCACAUGAGUAACUUUAGGGAGAAGUCGUUCUUUUCUUUCUUGAAUAUGUAAAUGUGAGAGAACAUUGUAAUAGACUAGUAGUUAAAUGAUACGUGUGUGGGAAUGAACAUCAUUACAUAUAUAUACAAUUUUUGUUUCA